AACUUGAAAGGUACGCGUCUGAGUGACAUUCUAAGCAAGUAGGGUGGGUGCAAUCGGACUGUAUUGUAUGUUGUGUAAAUCGUGUCUAUGCAUGCCAGAGCUGUAUAGCUGUAGACCGACUCUGCUGCGAGGUCAGAGUAGACUCGAGAUAGCUAUCCAGCCAUCGAAUCUCUCAGAAGUGGCCAGUCACCGCUCUGCCAAAACCACCGCGGCCAGAAACACGCGUGACGUCAAUCAGCACUUGCAUCACAACACUGUUCACCCUAUUCACCAGCACCGCACGGUCCCUCGCAAACCACGUGUCUCUCCCUCCCUCCCUCCACACCACAAUCAUCUUAUGUUUGUAUUUUCCACUGGAUAUAGUCUCCCCGAAUGGUAUAGAUUUCGCACAUCGGGGCCAUGCUCUAGUGGUUAUCGUUGUUGCCCAAAAAGCGCGGUUCUAGACGGCUUCUGUGCAAUUCCCAGGGUGAAUUCGUGUGGGUCUUUAAUUCCCCGGGUUCGACACUCGCUAAUUGGGUUACAGUUUUGUAUUUUUGGUCAUUUUUUGGGGUUUGGUGGAUUUUGGUGUUUUUGAGCUCGUUGGAGGGCUGUUGAGUGGUAGAGAUCUUUUGCUGGUGUGUAGAGAGAUGGUGAGAAGAGAGGAGAUAUGUUUUAGAUGGUAUUGGAGUGUCUUUGGUGUCUGAUAUUAGAGUUCAUUGCUAUACUGUCCUGCGCGAGCUGCUGGCUUGGGCUAUAGUUUGCUCUUGGG